AUGUCCAACGGCAGCUCCAUCACCCACUUCCUCCUCCUGGCACUCGCAGACAGGCGGGAGCUGCAGCUCUUGCACUUCGGGCUCUUCCUGGGCAUCUACCUGGCUGCCCUCCUGGGCAACGGCCUCGUCAUCACCGCCAUAGCCUGCGACCACCGCCUCCACACCCCCAUGUACUUCUUCCUCCUCAGCCUCUCCCUCCUCGACCUGGGCUCCAUCUCCACCACUGUCCCCAAAGCCAUGGCCAGUUCCCUCUGGGACACCAGGGACAUCUCCUACUCGGGGUGUGCUGCACAGCUCUUUCUGUUUGUUGUUUUCAGUUCAGCAGAGUGUUGUCUUCUCACUGUCAUGGCCUACGGCCGCUACGUUGCCAUCUGCAAGCCCCUGCACUAUGGGACCCUCCUGGGCAGCAGAGCUUGUGCCCACGUGGCAGCAGCUGCCUGGGGCGGUGGGUUUCUCACUGCUGUGGGGCACACGGCCAGUACGUUUUCAAUCCCCCUCUGCCAAGGCAAUGCCCUGGGCCAGUUCUUCUGUGAAGUCCCCCAGAUCCUCAAGCUCUCCUGCUCAGACUCAGACUACCUCAGGGAAGUUAGGCUUCUGGUGGUUGGUGCCCGUUUAUCAUCUGGGUGUUUUGUUUUCAUCGAGGUGUCCUAAGUGCAGAUCUUCAGGGCGGUGCUGAAGGUCUCCUCUGAGCAGGGACGGCACAAAGCCUUUUCCACGUGCCUCCCUCACCUGGCCGUGGUCUCCCUGUUUAUCUGUACUGGCAUGUUUGCCUACCUGAAGCCCCCCUCCAUGUCUUCACCUGCUCUGGACCUGGUGGUGGUGGCUCUGUACUCCGUGGUGCCUCCAGCACUGAACCUCCUCCUUUACAGCAUGAGAAACCAGGAGCUCAAGGAUGCCCUCAGGAAACUGGCCCAAUGA